CUCCUCCUUCUCACAAUCCUCUGACUCUUAGGAAGAAGAGACAAAGCGGCUGCUGGAGCCGGCUGCCAGCCCUCCCAACAAGGCACUGAAUGGAGCAGAGCAGAGCUGUCACAGCCUGCCCUCAGCCCGCACGGACGAGCAGGCCAUGCUGUCCUCCAUCCUCGCCAAAACGGCCAUUAACAUCAUCGAUGUGUCAGCAGCGGAUUCGCAGGGGAUGGAGCAGCACGAGUACAUGGACAGAGCCCGGCAGUACAGCACACGCCUGGCCAUGCUGAGCAACAGCCUGACGCACUGGAAGAAGCUCCCGCUGCUGCCAUCCCUCACCAACCAACCGCACCAGGUGCUGGCCAGCGAGCCCGUCCCUUUCGCAGACCUGCAGCAGGUAUCUCGGAUAGCUGCCUACGCCUUCAGCGCUCUCUCACAGAUCCGCGUCGACGCGAAAGAAGAACUGGUUGUACAGUUUGGCAUCCCCUGAGCCCAACCCAGCACAGCUUCACCGGGUCGGGGUUUUGUUUCGUUGGCUUUUUGUUUUGUUUUUUCUCCUUUUUUUUUGUUUUUUUUUUGUUUUUAUUUCCCACCCCGUUCCCACAGCACAGAACUUGUACAUACGCCCCGUUUCCUAUGAAUCGCCCACAAAAUGAUGGUGGUCUCACAACCUCCCUUCCCCCCCCCCAGCGCUGCCCCUGUGGCUUUUUCCCCCACUGUAUGCAUGGGGAGGCAGUGGGGAGGGGGGCUGCAUCCUCAUUGCUGGGGGUCUGGUGUUGCCUCCCACCCUGGGAAGGGCAGGCAGGAGCUGGAUGCUCCCGGAGGAGACCUUCCAGUGGCUUCUUCUGCCCUCUCCUGGUUUAUAUGGUUUUCUUUUUGGUUUUGUUUUAAUUAUUCUUCUUCUGCCACCGCAGAUAAACACAUCCAGCCCG